UCGAGCCAAAUCAAACCGCAAUCAAAAUAGUGCGACUGACCCCAGCUCCGCGCUUCUUGCAAACAAACGACCCAAAUAAUGGCGGCCGCUGAAGCUUCUCCGUCGCCGGCGCCAGCUCCUACGGCUGCGGAGAGCGUGCUGAUCAUUCACAACGUAGCGAAGAGACACAAUAUCGGGACGAUGGUCCGAAGCGCCACUGCCUUCGGUGUCUCAGAGAUGGUUCUCGUCGGGCGCCGUGACUUCAACGCCUUUGGCAGUCACGGUUCCACCGCCCAUCUCCGAUUCCGACAUUUCCAUUCACUCUCUCAAGCCCGCCUAUACCUGAAGGAGGAGAGGAACUGCGAUAUCUGUGGCGUGGAGAUUGUUGAUGGGGCAGUCCCUAUCACUCAGCAGCCUUUCAGAAGGAGCACCGCUUUCCUUCUCGGCAACGAGGGUACCGGACUUUCAGCUAAGGAGUGCGAGAUCUGCGACUUCUUCGUUUAUAUUCCACAAUAUGGCUGUGGAACAGCAUCACUGAAUGUUACUGUUGCGGCAUCUAUCGUCCUACACCAUUUUGGAGCAUGGGCUGGUUUUGCUGAGCGGAGUCGGAACGGUAAUAAAUUUACUGUUGCUGAGAGGCCAUUAAAGCAGUCGAGAAGAAACUUCUGCAGUGAAUCUGUUGAAUCUAUAAUUGAGGAGCGAAGGAAUAGAAGAGAAUUUGGUCUCCAGGAUAUGUUUCAUGAGAGGAAAGCUGAUCACUCGCAGGAAACAAACCUUUUGGGAGAGUUGUUUGAUAGUUAAAUAGGUUGACCUGUUUUGUGGACUGAAUCAUACCUCCUAAAUUCCAGAUCAGCAGAAAUUAGAUUGCUGACACUUGUCAGGGCUCCGAAUCUAGCAGUUAGCUUUACACGCACUUGAAGCUGAUCAUACAUCUACAGCUUCUAUCUUAGCCCAAUCCAUGAAAUUCACGGGGCCCCCUCUUCGUAUUCUGCUAUAUUUUUGUACAUCUUGGAUCAUGUUAGGCUAUAGCGUGACUAAUUAUUUAUUUUUGUUCAAUAUUUAUUUCACUUGGGAAGAAUGCACUAUUAUUUUUUGAGCCCAGAUUAAGACUAUGAAUAUCAAAGCAAUUCUAUUAUGUUUACUGUAAAAA